AAAUUUUGGUCCUAUAACUUAUACUAUAUUUUAAAACACAAAUUUCAAUUUAUCGCCGCUCAACGUACGAAACACACAACACCCGCAAGUCGCCAACGAUUCCGCUCAACUGUCACUUGUUUGGCGCUCAAAAUACACUGUUAAAAAUUUUCCAAAAAUUGAAGUAUGCAAAUUAUUUUUGUAAGUAGCAAGACACAGCGCUAAAGUGUUGAGUUCAAAGUACGAAAUUUUCUAUUGGCAAUUGCAUUAUUUAUUAGUGAAAUAUAUUUUAAAACGAAAUUCCUGUGCACGUUCGAAUUCUAUAAGAUAAAUAAGACAAUAUGGAAGAUGCGAAACCAGAGGCGUCCGGCUUUAUGUCAAUCGUUAACGAAAUUAUCUACAGCCCCAUGAACUUGGGUUUAGUUUUAAUCAUUGCAUUCUUGAUCUACAAAAUCAUCAAGGACCGCAUCGAAGUUCCCAAUGCUGUCGCGCAGAGACCAGCACAGGUUGAACUACCCAAGUUGCGGCGCGAUUUUACUAUACAAGAAUUGCGACAGUUCGAUGGCUCCCAACCAGAUGGACGUGUGCUGCUUGCAGUCAAUGGCAAAGUGUAUGACGUCACGAAAGGAAAACAAUUCUAUGGGCCAGGUGGACCUUAUGCACCAUUUGCUGGACGCGAUGCUUCGCGCAACUUGGCUACAUUUAGUGUCACUCCCAAUGAUAAGGAUGAGUACGAUGAUCUUAGCGAUUUGAGUGCUAUGGAAAUGGAAUCCGUGAAGGAGUGGGAAUUACAAUUCGAUGAAAAGUACAUCUAUGUUGGUAAGCUAUUGCGUAAAGGUGAGCAACCUACCAACUACGAUGAUGAAGAAGAGGAGCCAGCUAGUGAUGCUAAACCAAAUGAUGAUGCUGCCGCCGCCGCCGCUAAUGCGUCUGAUGAGGGUCUUCGAAAACGUGCAGUCGAUCCCGCUAAUGAAUAGAUGCAAUAUAGCAAACGUUCAAUUAAAGGAACCCCAACUUAUUUUUAUUAUAGAAUUUAGUUUUGUCUAGGUUUUUCUACACUUUACACAAUAUAAAAAAGUUAUAAUUGCAGAAAUAAAAUUUAAAUUUAAACAACAGUGUAGGUUAAGUUUAUUGGCUUAUAUAUAAACCAAUAAAAAAUUUAUGGUCCUUGCAAUAAAUUUAA